AGGAAGUGAUGCGCAAUGACCGAAAGUGGCGCGCAGCUGUUCGCCCGACUCGAUGGCCGCCGAAGUGUUCGCGACAUCGAGUCUCGCCUCUUUCCCCAAGACGGAGGACCCGGACCUGGUGCAGUUGUGGAGCUUUACGGACUGGAGGGAACAGGUAAGACAGAGCUGCUGUACCACUUCCUGUGCCGUGCCAUCCUCCCCGCCGAGGCCGGCGGCCUGGAACUGGAGGUCAUUUUCGUGGACACUGACUGCAGCCUGGACAUGUUGCGGGUGGUCAGCAUCCUGGAUGCCAGGCUGAGCAAAGCUGGUACGUGCGUACGUGCCCACGUCGACCGUGACACCGACGCAUCAACAAACACAGCGGCCAAUGCGUCGAGCUCGCCGUCGUCGCGCGACACGUGCGUGCGCGCGUGUCUGUCUCGCCUGCUGGUGGCGCACUGCCGCUCUUCUUGCCAGCUCCUCUUGACGCUGCACGCGCUGGAGGCUCGCUUGGCACGUCGGCCCGGCCUGGCGCUGCUGCUCCUCGACAGCGCGUCGGCCUUCUAUUGGCUGGACCGCAGCGAGGGCGGUACCAGCGUGGCCAAGCAGGAAGAGAAGCUGAGCAGAUGUUCGCAGCUGUUGGCCGGUCUGCUCAGGGAUUACAGGAUCAGCGUGUUUGCCUGCUGCCACGCCAACAGGAGGCGCUGCGGCCCCGCCUCGUCUUCCUCCGUCUCUGACCUGUGUCGCCCCUGGCAACAGUUGGUCACUCACCCCUUGCUGUGCUCCAGACUGGAAGUUGCUCCUGCGGGAGGCGGCGAGGCGCGCCACCGAAGUCGCAUCUUCACCGUGCGUUGCACCGCCUCGCCCUCGUCGAGGAGCAAAGCUUACAGAAGUUGCUCUUUCCGUGUCUGCGACGCCGGCCUGGAAUUUCUAUGACGGUCCUCCUCUGACUCUUGUGAGACCCGUAGUGUAGAAACUGCAUUUACUAUCAUCAAUCCCUCAAUAAUAAAAAAAAAAAAAAAAAAA